UGCGCUCUCCUCCUGUGCUCCGCGGCGCGACGUCGGCGUCCGGGCUCGCGCGAGCGGGGGCGUCAUGGUCCACUUCUUGCACCCGUUGCUGUGGCCGCGGACCCUCGUCCUGCCCUACGCCCAGCAGGACGCGCAGGGCCACUGCUUGGUGCAGGAGGAAGCAUCGCCCUACCCUUUGGUCAACAUCUGCAUGGAUGUCUUAAUCGCCAAAUUGGACAAAUGGUGUUCUAAAAGACCUGAUGGAACACUGUGUCUUCCAGAGCAUUGGUAUUUCCCUCACGAAAUAGCUGAUAAAUUCCUUGAGAGGAUGGCUUGGCAAGGCAAGCUGACCGACAGGACAGCAAGCAUUUUCCAAGGCAAGCAGGUGAGCCUGAAGCUGAUGAACAUUCGGAGAGUCAAACUCUCGGCAGCAGCCUUCACACAGGCCUUCUGCCAUCACAAGCUCACCGAAGUGGAUGCCACCUCAGUGGACUCCCAGCUUCUCGCCCCAGACAUCGUCCACGCUCUCCAGGGCAGUGCCUGGAUCCAGAAAAACCUUCAGUGUCUUGUGUUAGACUCGGUUAGCGUCCCUCAGAACUCAGGGCUACUAGCCUUGGGUCAGUUCACCGGCCUUCACACCUUGAGCCUUGCCAAUGUGUCCUUUCGCAAUGAAGACCUAGUUGGCGUUUCUCAGUUACCCAGCCUGGAAAGCUUGGAUAUCUCCAAUACUCUGGUCACCGACAUCUCCGCACUCCUCUCCUGUAAGAACCGGCUCAGGUCCCUCACCAUGCACUAUCUGAAGUGCCUGGCCAUGAACAACCCACAGAUUCUCGACGUUAUCCGUCAGCUGAAAUGCCUGCUUCACCUUGAUAUUUCUGACCACAGGCAGCUCAAAUCAGACCUGGCUUUUUAUUUGUUACAGCAGAAGGACAUCCUGCCCAACCUCAUAUCCCUGGAUAUUUCGGGGGGCACUGACAUCACUGAUCAAGUUGUGGAGUCCUUUCUGCAGCACCGGCCUGCCAUGCGAUUUGUGGGACUCUUGUAUACAGAUGCUGGUUACUCUGAUUUCUUUAUGGGAAGGCAGGACUUGAAGGUUGCUGGAGGAGCCAACAUGAGUCAGAUUUCUGAAGCACUGAGUCGGUACAGGCACCGGUCAUGUUUUGUGAAGGAAGCGCUCUAUAGGCUCUUCACGGAAACACUUUCCUUGCGGGUCAUCCUGCCUGUCGUGCUAAAGCUUGUGGCUAUAGGAAUGAGGAACCAUCCGUUGGAUCUGCCAGUGCAGUUCACAGCCAGUGCUUGUGCCCUCAACCUAACACACCAGGGCCUGGCCAGGGGAAUGCCUGUUCGCCUGUUGUCAGAGAUCACCUAUCUACUUUUCAAAGCAACGAAAAAUUUCCCCUACUACCAACAGUUACAGAAGAAUUGCCUUCUCUCCUUAACCAGUUCCAGGAUUCUUAUGGACGUUCCAUUUGACAGGUUUGACGCUGCCAGGCUUGUUCUGAGGUGGGUGUGCAAGCGUGAGAGCCCAAAGAUGCAGAUGAUGGCAGUGAGCAUCACCUCCAUCCUAGCCCUGAAGCUCUCACCUGAGGAGAUCGAACAGUUCCAGGAGGAGCUUGCUUUAGCAGUCAAGGAACUUCUAACAAUCAUCAGACAAAAGAUGGCUGAGAAUUUAAAUGAUGUCACCCUCUUGUUUACUCUGAAAGCGCUUUGGAACCUUACGGAUGAGUGUCCAUUGGCCUGCAAGUACUUUAUUGAAAAUGAAGGAUUAGCAACCAUCGUCCAAGUCUUAGAGACAUUUUCAGUGUCUGCAAUACAGAGCAAAGUGCUUGGACUUUUGAACAACAUGGCUGAAGUCAGAGAGCUCUCUCCCGCGCUGGUGACAGAAGAUUUGAUGGAACACACCGUCAGUUUGCUCCACAGCAGCGACAUAGAAGUGAGCUUCUUGGCUGCAGGAGUAAUAGCCCACCUGACCUGUGACAGACAGCAAUGGCUAUCCCACAGCCCGCGAAGGCGUGCUCUUCUCCAGGACUUGCACUUAACCAUCCAGAACUGGCCAAGUUCACGGUGUGACAUGUCAGCAUUGGUGACCUACAGAUCUUUCAAAGCAUUUCCCCCACUCCUUGUCAACUUCUCUCAGCCAGAAGUUCAGCGCUGGGCACUGUGGGCCAUACAUCAUGUUUGCAAUAAAAACCCUAGCAAAUACUGCAAGCUGUUGUUAGAGGAAGGAGGACUUCAGCUCAUGUACGACAUCCAGGAGCACGAUCAGGCCAGUGCCCAGGUGAGGCAGAUGGUGUCCUCCAUCCUGAAGGAGUUCAGGAUGCACUUCACAAGCUUCCGGAGACCCCCACAACCCCAGCGCCCUUUUUGACCUAGGGCCCUUUUGCGGGUGCUGCUUCUUAAAGACAGGACUUUCGUCUCUUGAGUAAUGGGAUUUUGAAACCAGUUUUUGGUUUACCAGUUGUUGGCAUUUAUUAACUGACUGUCUUUUGCUUUUCUCUGUGGCAAAAAGAUUGGGUCCUUGGCUGGGCAGUGGGAGGCAGAGAGACAGGUGGAUCUUAGUGAGUUCAAGCCCAGCCAGGACUACACAGAGAAACCCUGUCUUGAAAAAACAAGAAAUGAUUGGGUCCCUCUUAUUCCUUCAGAACAGGGGAGAAAACUUUAGGGAGACCUUGGUGUUGUUCAUUUCCUCAGCUGCUCCAGGUUAGCAGUGGCUGAGUCUGGCCUUGAGCGCAGCAAUGCUACUGCUUCAGUGCUGGGGCUGCCAGCAUGAGCUGCCAGACCCUGACAGCUUUAACUUUCUUUUGUUUCUCCUCCAAUCUGAGGAAUCAGAUCAUUGAGUGUGUGUGUGAACAUGUGGGGUUGAAGUGCAGGCCUGGGGCUGAGGACUGAAGUGAGAGAAAAGAGUACAUUGGAAAUCCUCACUUUGGAAAAGCUAUGUCCAAAGCUGAGAGAAAGAUGAAGGGCCCCAGAAAGGCUGCAGAACAUUUCAGUGGAUGCUUUUCCUAAUGUGGACACAAAAGGGGGUGGUUUUAUGAGAACCAGCCCUGGCAGUAAUGAACACCAUCUGCAGUUGUGCCCUGCAGAACCAUUGAGAAAGUAAAUAGUAAAUUCCUCUUUGGAUAUUAGAGAGCUUUUUUCUUUAGAUUCUCUUCUCUCUCUCUCUCUCUCUCUCUCUCUCUCUCUCUCUCUCUCUCUCUCUGUGUGUGUGUGUGUGUGUCUGUGUGUCUGUGUGUCUGUGUCUGUGUCUGUGUCUGUGUGUUAGUGGCCUGCAUGUUUGGGCACCAUGUGUGAGUCUGGUAUUCACCAAGAUCAGAAGGCAGUGGAUCCACUAGAACUGGAGUUAGGAUGGCUGGGAGCUACCACAUGGGCAUUGGGAACCAAACCCCAGUCCUCUGAAGAGCAGCGGAUGAACUUAACUACUGAGCCAUCUCUGUAGGCCCCUGGGUAUUAGAGUUUUGUGCCUUUAGCUAGUGUGGUACGGACCUAAGACAUUACUCUGUGCACGUGUGUUUGUGUUACAUCCAUGCGUGCGUCCAAGUAAAUGCCUGCAGAGGCCAGAAGAGCAUUGAAUUUGGAGCUAGGGUUACAGACAGUUGUCAGCUGGGCUGGGGACCAAGCUUGGGUCCUCUGCUCGAGUAGUAAGCACUGUUACUCACUCACUCUUACCCAUCUUUCUGGCCAAGUCUCUUAACUGGAGUUGUAGCGUAAGCCCUCUCUGAGCAUCAGUUGAGGAAGGAACUCAUUCUUAACUAUUCCAAGCUACAGUCCCAGCAAUGAGAAGGAACAGGUAGAUGGAUCUGAAGUUAAGGCGCCUUGGCUACAUAUCACCUUGCUUCUGCUCUUCACUGCCUCAGAUAAUAAGGUUCUUAGUUUGUGAACCUGGGUCCUAGUACCUGGGAACACUGUAUUCCCUUUGCUAGCGGGAAGGUGUGAAUGGGGGUAUCUGGUAUAGUCUGUUGGCAUUUCAUCUAGGCGCCUCCCCACAGUUGCCUGGCAACAGCCAGGUGUGCCUGACUCACUAUAAAAGGGGCUGCUUGCCCCCUCCUCUCUCUCCUGCUUUUGCCCCUUACCCUCUUUCCCCAACCCCCUCCCCUCUCUCCACAUGCUCAUAGUUGGCCUUUACUUCCCUACUCUGUCUUUCUCUGUUACCACCUCAACUCCCCUCCCCAUGCUCUAAUGAACUCUAUUCUAUACUGUACCUGGUACCUCAGGGAGAAGGGAUGCCUCAGCAUGGGCCAUCGGAGGCACCCACUUGCCCCAAACCACUGUCCACCAAAGCACAUUCCUUCUCUCUCUUUUUUAUAAAACACAACAACAGCAUCUGUCUAAACUGGUACUGUUUUUUCCCCAACAGUCUUCCAUUGUCCCAACCUAUGCUUCUGUGACUCCAGACCAGGGUUGUGCUGAGGAUGCUCACCAGAGCUCAGGUCUUGGUAGAAGAUGAGGCAGGCACUUAGGUGUGCAGAGGUCUGAGGAGCUUGUUACCUUCCACCUCACCUUUGCUCGAGCUAAUGCAAAUGC